AAGGAUAUAACCGUUCUUCGCCUUUUACAUUUAGGCAUCCCGUUUGUGGCAGUGACCCAACCAAUAAAUUCCUUGGCAUUUGUUUUUGAUGGAAUAAACUUUGGAGCAUCAGAUUUUGCUUAUUCUGCAUAUUCCAUGGUUUUAAUUGCUGCAUCGAGUAUCUUUUUCUUGUUUUUUCUAUCCUCUAGCCAUGGUUUUGUGGGUAUAUGGAUUGCCUUGUCGAUCUUUAUGAGUUUGCGGGCACUAGCUGGAUUUUUGAGUAGCGGAUCUAGGAAUUCAGGUGAGCAUGAACAAAUCCAAGUGAGCACGGACGAGCGGCCAUCGAGCAGCCGCCCAAAUGCAGGAAUAAAAAUAUUCAAAUUGGGCAAGUUCAUGACAAAAUGCUCAAUAACCUUAUUCAUGCUACUGAAUAGAAGUUCAACAACAUCACUGUCGAAAAUCUAAUUGCUUAACAUUUGCAUAU